AUGUUACGAAAUAUUGUUAAAAACAUAACAGCGAAGAGUUUGCGUGCUGUGGGAAAAAAUAAUGGUUUCCCUCCGAGUUUAAGUCAUCAAAGAAGUUUAGCGUCAGUGUCGAAAACGGAGUUAGCGUUGAAAGCCGAAAAAGUAAAGGUUACCUUCGUACUAAAGGACGGCAAGCGCCUAGAGACAGAGGCUAAGGUAGGCGAUACACUUCUCGACGUAGUCGUCAACAACGAUUUGAACAUCGAGGGUUACGGUGCGUGUGAAGGCACCCUUACCUGCUCAACGUGUCACGUGUUCUUAAAACAGAGUGAUUAUGAUAGGUUACCUGAAGAACCAUGCGACGAAGAACGAGAUAUGCUAGACCUGGCUUACGGCUUGACGGACACAUCGCGUCUGGGCUGUCAGAUAACACUCACCAAAGACCUGGAUGGCCUGGAAAUCCAGGUCCCCGAGACUAUUAAUGAUGCUAGAAAUUGA